CCGGCACGAGUCAUCCACCAGCCUUUCAAGGUAGCCCAUCGAAUCAUUCGGACAUUGUUCUCAUCUCUUGCAGUGAUCGCUCACUAUUGAUAAUGGCAUGGCUCGUACCUGUAGGGAUCUGGGCAGUAUCAGAGUUGUUCGGUUUCGGUCGCGGUGACAGCGCUCCCAAUCCAACUUAUGCUGAAAUCGAAGCCCGCCGGUGGGCUGAGAGAGAGCGGGAUAGGGCCAUUCGGGACCUUGACAGUAUGAGGGUGGAGGUGGCGCAGCUCACGCAAUCAAUGCAAUCAAUGCAAAGUAGGACACUUCGGUUCCAGCAAGAGGCCAUAUCGGCUGCGGCAGCCGCGCAGCAGAAAAAUCAGGAGCAAAUGAGGGCUAUGUUUGACGCCGUGAGAGCUGCAGAUGCGGCCCAUUUCGCUGCAGAAAGCGCUGCACGGGUUGCAACAGAGGAGUUCAAGAAGAAGGCCCAAGAAGCUGAUGCGGAGAGGCAGCGCACCCAAGCUGCUUUCGAAAAAGCUCAGAGAGCGGCGGAAACUUCUAAGCUAGACGCCGAACGUCUUCAGAGAGCAGCCGAAGAAGAAAAGAAGAAAGCCGCGGAAGCCGUCGCAGAAUCAGAGGCGGUAAGAAAGGUAGCUGAGAACAAUGUUCGCGAAGCUGCAGCUGCCAAGGAAGACGCUGAAAAGCGGCUUAGAGACGGCAUCCAGCCUGUAUUAACGCCUACUCCUCAAGAAAUUCUCGCUGCCCAAGCAAAAAUUCAGUAUCAGGAGAAUUUAUUCCAUUUCGCUGUUGCUGGGAGGGCCGGUGGAGGGAAGUCAUCACUCGUAAACGCAUUCCGCGGUAUGAGUAACCGCGCAGUUGGUUCCGCUCGGACAGGGGUCAUAGAGACCACCUUGACGAUGGGAAGGUAUUCAGACCCUGACGAGCGGUGUCAACAUGUCUGGUACGAUCUUCCUGGAGCAGGGACAAUUAGGAUCCCGGAUUGGCAAUAUUUCAACGCGCAAGGACUCUACGUCUUUGAUUGCAUUGUCGUCUUGUUCGACAAUCGGUUCACCCAGACCGACAUCGCUAUUCUCCGCAAUUGCAGGCGCUUCAAAAUCCCCACUUACAUCGUUCGUUCAAAAGCGGACCAACAUAUUUCAAAUAUCGUAAGGGAGAUGGGAUACGAGAGCGAUGAUGAAAACGCCGAUCGGUCGCAACAGGCAACCUUGUACUUGGCUGCGAGAGAGCAACUCGUCAACGAAACUCGCCACAAUGUGAAGGCAAAUCUUGCGGAGGCGAAUCUACCUGAUCAAAAGGUUUAUAUCGUCUCUAGUAGCUGUCUACGAGCUGUGGCCAAAGGCAAUCAGCCUUCAAAGGUCAUCGACGAAAUCCAACUGCUAAAUGAUCUAUAUACGGAAGCACAAGCUAGGCGAGUUCGUCAGUCAGGAGGGGUUUCCGCCUGAGGAACUAGUCCAGAGGAAGUAAUCGGUUUGCUUUGAAAGUUUCGUGUUUC